GCUGAGCUGUGAUUUCUUGUGGCUUGCGUCAAUUGCUUUGUACCAAUAUCAUCAACAGAGCUUCAGCUCAUGAGCAAAUGCGAGAAUUGAAGAAUGACGAGAAAACGGCCGACACUCUUUUCGCUGCUUUUAGCAGUUAUUCUGUUCGCAGACAUAUCUCGUGGAAGGCCUUCAAAAGGUUGUAUAGAUCAAGUUCGCAGUCUACAAUCGCAUCAAAAGAGUAUUAACUCUCACAUUCCUCACCCCAUUGGUGCGCAAAAGAAGUCAUCCGUACAUCAGGACUGCGGCGAAGAUGAGGAAAGUGGAGCUUCUCCUUUAAAAGAAAAAACUAAAAUUAAAAGCCUUCAAACAAGCAUUCACAAGAACCUUUUGAAACUCUUUCAUAAGCUUAAAAAUGCUAAGCCUGGUAGUGUGAUGCCUGAUCGUAAAGAGUUUACGAAUUUUCAAAUAAAACCAAGCCCAGAUGCUCAUAAGGUAGAUGAUGCAGGGGUGUCGACAGGUGUCCCAUUAAGCAAAGUUAGAGACGGAAUUAAGAGUAUAAGUCAAUUUAAAGAUAUCAAUACUACCUCCGCGCUGAAAGCACUUGACAAGUUGGUCAGCGGAGUUCUUCCAAACGUAACAGCGGCAGCUGGAAAGAAUUCAUCCAGUAACGGCUCUCAACUUGGAGAUUCCGAAGGUGGAAGUGGCUCGGCAAUGGAUCCAAAAGAAAAUGACCAAAGUAAAACAGAUCCUUAUGCGGCUAUUGCUGCUGGACCAGACCACCCUAAGCUCCCACCGGAUUUAAAGAUUUCUCCAGGUGGUGCUGAAGGAGAAACACCUCCAGUUGUUCCAGUCGGUAUGUCAGACGACAGUAAAGGUGGCGAUGGUAACAAGAGCCCUGAUGAGCCCAGUGAAGCCCCAAGUCAAGGAGAUGGCAAAGACAGCGAGGAGCCUGACAACCCGAUGGUGAAACAAAUGCAACAACAAGCAAUGCAAGUCAUACAAGAACAAAUGCAGAACCAAUUCAAGGCAGCUAUGCAGACAGCAAAAGGAAUGCCGGGGAUGGGAGGAAUGGGUGGGAUGGGAGGAAUGGGUGCUAUGGGAGGAAUGGGUGGUAUGGGUGGCAUGGGAGGCAUGCAAGGCAUGGGAGGAAUGAGCGAUGGAAUGGAUAGUAUGGGCGGCAUGCAAGGCAUGGGCGGCAUGGGUGGAAUGGGUGGAAUGGGAGGCAUGGGUGGUAUGGAUGGUAUGGGUGGAGGUAUGGGUGGAGGAAUGGGAGGAAUGGCUGGCUUCGGUGGACUGGGAGAAAUGGGAAUGGCCGGAAUGUACGGCAACCGCAUGGCAGAUAUGGGAGAUAUGGAAAACGCCGGCGAUGCAUUUCAAAGAGACAAUCUAAGGGGAAACGAUGAUUAUUUUAAUGGAGUAAAUGGUUAUUAUGCGAGAGGAUUUGGAGAAGAACUCAGGGAACCUAUGGGUCCCAUGGGGCCAAUGGGACCUAUGCCUAUGAUCGAUGAACCUGCAGUUGGACGGGACAAAGUACCAUUAGGAUACGAAGACCGGCCAAGGAUGCCUUAUUUUCGUCCUUUUCGUAGACAUCGUUACUUCGACAACGAGGAUGAUUUUGACGACGAGGGAUUCGACGAUGAUAUCGACGAAGACGAGCCUUAUUUUGUUCCCGCUCGUGAACAUGCUGCUCUUGAAGAGCCAAUGGAAGAAGGUCCUGAGAGCGAUAUCGACGAAGGAUACGAUGCUCCUCAUGAUAGAAAAGCUAAAAUAGCAAAGGUUGAAAAACCUGACAAGAAAGAAAAGCAAAAGCAUGACAGUCAUAAACUCCACAAAGGACCCAAAGAUCAAUCAACCCUGGCAUCAAAGAAGGACAUCACCGAGAAGCGGGAAAAAACAUCAGGUGUGAGCACAGAGCCAGCAACUCCCGAGAUGUUUUACAAUUCUGCAAUGAAACAAAUUCAGGACCAGGCCAUGGCGGGUAUUGAAAAGCAGAUGCAAAAUCAAUUUAGCGCCGCUUGGAAAAACGCGCACGGAACGGGAGGAAGGCCAAAUAUGGGAGGUGGCGGAGGAGGAGGAAUGGGUCGCAUGGCUGCUAUGAACGGAAUGGGUGGAAUGGGAGGGAUGGGUUUUAUGGGUGGAAUGGGAGGAAUGGGAAGAAUGAACAAAAUGGGGAGCAUGCAAAACAUGCCAGGUUGUAUGGGACCAAUGCAAGGUAUGCCGGGAGGUAUGGGUCCAAUGCAGGAUAUGCCGCAAGGGUUAGGAGGCAUGGGAACUUUUAAUGACAUGCCAGGAGGCCCGGGAGGUGCGGGACCCAUGAACGACAUGCCGGGAGGCAUGGGCGACAUGGGCGCAGUGGGUAACAUGGAUGGCGGUGCAGGAAUGACUGGAAUGGGAGAAACGCCUGGCAUGGAAGGAGUGGGUGGUGGAAUGAUGGGUGGAGGAUUGGACAAUGGAAUGAAUGGAUUCGGUGGAAUGGAUGGUAUUAAUGGCUUCACUGGGAUGAAUAACCCAGGUAUCACAACCCUGGGAGAUGCACCUGGCGGCCUAUUUAGAAGAGGGUUCCAACGUAAAUUAGGAAGAAAGGACAAUCAUCACAAGAAAGCUAGAAUAAAUAAGUCAAAGAAAAGCGCUAAAAAAGUAAAGGAGAAAUCUCAUUAAGAAAAAAGUUACCUCCAAUAGUUAUCUCGGGCAUGUGUUUAAAAAAAUGCCCGUUCUAAAUGGGCGUCAAUAGAACAAAAAUAAUUUAAAGGGUUCCAAAUUCGUAAGAUAUGUCAAGCAUUUUGUUUUCUAAUUCAGCACUCGAUGGUGGGAAUCUACGAGAACAACUUUUGAGCGAAACCAUUAUCCUCGUCAUUACACUAGUUACGAUUCCAAUAAAAAUUACACUUACUGUGA